GCUGUUAAAUGUUAAGUGCAUUUUGCCUAGUCUCAAGAAAAGCAGAUACCAGAACCCUUCCAUGUUAAAACUAGUGAGGACUUGAGUUACUUUUGAUUCCUGUCAUGGUUUAAACUAGGCACAUGCAUAGAUAGCAUUUUAUUUUCUUUGGAGAUGCAUCAUCAAAUGUGUAAAGAAGCAUGCUAAGCACACGCAUAAGGGUAUAUGAACUGGCAUACAGUUCUAGUGCAUUGGGUAGAAGGAGUCAUUAUAGUCUCCCUCAUCUGUAAAAUAAGGUGUCACAGGCAAGUGCUUUUACAUUUUACCAGAUAGCAUAAUCUUUUUUCAGAAGCUACAUCACUGACACAUGUGCUGAAGUUUAAAUCACACCCAUUCAUACAUGAUCACCAGUAGAAGUUGAUUCUUUCAGCACUUUUUUUGAAUUUGUGGGUGGCUCUUAAAAGAGCCUUUUUGUGUUACACAGAUGUUCUUGUUGCAGGGGGCAGGGGACAAUUUUCUUCAUUUGCCUUUGGGCUUGUGGCUCUCAGUCUUCUUAGGAAGUAACACAGCCUGGAUAUUGGGCAAGACCCCACCCUGGGCAAUAGUGACUCCUCCCAACAGCUUGUUCAAUUCCUCAUCGUUACGAACCGCCAACUGGAGAUGACGGGGGAUUAUCCUAGUUUUCUUGUUGUCCCGGGCAGCAUUGCCAGCCAACUCCAGUAUUUCAGCUGUAAGAUACUCCAACACUGCAGCCAAGUAUACAGGGGCUCCAGCACCAACUCGCUCAGCGUAAUUCCCUUUACGGAGAAGGCGGUGGACACGGCCCACAGGAAACUGGAGUCCAGCUCGGGAUGAUCGGGAUUUAGCCUUGGCUCUUGCCUUACCCCCUUGCUUGCCACGACCAGACAUCGCAGCCCUGACUCAGCUCUACUCAGACACACAAGAAAAAAUAAAAUGGCAAUUAAGAAAAAAAGAACAACCGGCGCCUUUUAUUCCCUCCUUGCAUAGGGAAGCAUGAUUAGUGAUUGGUCAAAUCUGUCACCAGCAUUUUAGAGCCAAUAAGAAUACUAUUUCUAAAGGUGACCAACUGGAAUCGGAGGAGCAGUUUCUAUCCAAUAAAACCCCAGAGGUGACAGCACUCUAAUUUGCAUGUGCGUGCGCACUACUGACGAUAUAAAAAAGCUGUCUUCAGCCAAUAGAAACGUCAAGCUUUGGAACCCUUCAUUUGCAUAGAGAGACUAUAAAUACAGGCGUGAGAUGAGUUAGCCUUCUUCACACUUGGUUUUUUUCUUUUUGCUUGAAAGGGAAAGUAGUGAGUCUUCAUCCAGGAUGCCUGAGCCGGCUAAGUCUGCUCCCGCUCCCAAAAAGGGGUCAAAAAAGGCUGUAACUAAGACCCAGAAGAAGGGAGACAAGAAGCGCCGCAAGAGCAGGAAGGAGAGUUACUCCAUCUACGUCUACAAGGUACUGAAGCAGGUUCACCCUGAUACUGGCAUCUCUUCCAAAGCGAUGAGUAUCAUGAACUCUUUUGUGAAUGAUAUCUUUGAGCGUAUUGCUGGGGAGGCUUCUCGCUUGGCUCAUUACAACAAGCGCUCCACCAUCACUUCCCGGGAGAUCCAGACGGCUGUGCGUCUUUUACUGCCUGGGGAAUUGGCAAAGCAUGCUGUCUCGGAGGGCACGAAGGCUGUCACCAAGUACACCAGCUCCAAGUAAGCAGACUAUGCUGCUGAACAAGGCGACCGAGAACCCAAAGGCUCUUUUAAGAGCCAC